GACCUGGAGGCGCUGCUGGCGCAGCUGUUCGAGCUGCUGAUGGCGCUGGUGGGGCAGCCCCGAGCAGCCCGCCUCAUGAAACCCGCACUGCCCGACAUGGCGCUUCUGGGGGUGUCGUACAUGCAGAUGACCGCCCGCCAGGCCUCUGAGUGGGCCUCCAACGCGUCUCAGUACGUGGCGGACGAGGAGGACUCCACCUUCACGGUGCGGGUCAGCGGAGAGCUGCUGCUGGACUCGGUCAUGCAGGCGUUUGGUUGCAACGCCGCGGGUGCGGUGAUGGAUGCGGUGGAGGCGCGCAUGCGGGAGGCGGCGGAGCAGCGGGCGGCGGGCAGGGUCGGCUGGUGGAAGCUGCGGGAAGCCGCACUCCUGGCCGCCGGCUGCUGCGCCGCCUCCUUCCCCGGCGGCCUGGGGGAC